GAGAAUUCAAUAUUUUCGAGAAUGUUAGUUGGAAUCUUCUCACGAGAGGGGGACAGCUGCUAUGAUUGGCUUGUACAACAGCUGCUUUCUCCAAUGUUUAAACCAUUAGUGACGGAUGUUCGAUGCGUUUACAUCUCUAACACUGGAUCCCAGAAUUUCUAUAAUGAAGUGUCUAAGUGCGCAUUUGCCAUCCUAUAUCACUCAAAGAAGAGGGGCAGAAUAAAUGUUACAGAUGUCGUAGACUCUCUGUAUGAUGAGGAGUUGAUGCAUUUAUCCCGUGCACUAGGUAAAGACAGAGUUGUUGUUGUGAUUGAUGAUUUGGAGGACAGCACCCUGGCUGAGAAGAACAGAAUUUUAUCUGAACAGAGGAGUAUUGCAGCCCUGGCCACUGACUUGUUCCUGAUCUCUGAGAGUGAGAAGAGUUCAAUCCAACUAACUGGUUCUCCAUGGGCAGAAUCUCUGUACCAGAACGGGAGAGCCAUGUCAGUGAGGGAGAAGCUAGAAACACUGAAGCAAAUAAUAGGCAGGGGACAGAGAAGGCGUUCAAAAAUCUGGAUAAUCUUUGUGUGUUUGGCUAUUGUAGUAAUUGUGGUGAUCAUUAUCGUCAGUGUAAAUCAGAAGCAAUUGCACAGUCCUGACAUUAUUGGGCCAACAGUUAAUACAUCCAGAGAGGAGAUUAAGAUCAGUACAUCCAGAAAUGAUCUUAAGAUCACAUAAAACCAUCAUAACUCUCCAAAGAAGAGAAAUGACAACUUCAGUGAUGAUGCUGAUGCUGUGGCUCCUCAUUUAAUUUAAUGCUUCUUAUUUACAUUUGCACUAAUAAUCAUCAAUGGAGCAGAGGAAACAGAUAGCCCUGAACUCAUGGCACCUAUGAUGGCUCUUUAGAAGUUCUCUUCUGAUUACUCUCAAUCCUUUGUUGGCUCCUCUCAAGUAUUUUGCUGGCUCCUCUCAAGUCUUCUGCUGGCUCCU